UACGAACUAGCAAUAUGCCGAAAUUAAGGCAUUACGACAAGUCGAAACCUGAAUACGCUCUCAGAGACAUACAAAACGGCACAGAAUCUUACCGAACAGCCGAAAAAAUGUACGGAAUUCCGAAGUCCACUUUAGACUUUAAACUGAAACAUCCCGGUCAUAAAGAAGCCUUGGGUCCAUUGCCAAUUUUAACAAGUGAAGAAGAGGCUUUGUUAGUUAGCUGGAUAAAAGAUAAUGCUGCAAAGGGUUUUCCAAGAAAGGCCAACGAUUUGAAGAAUGACCUACAAAGAUUUUUGACUGUUAAUCCGCGCCCACACAAAUUUAAUGAUAACCGACCUGGAGAUGGAUGGGUUAAGGUAUCCCAGCAAAUAAGUACUGUAUAA